GGCGGCGGCGUUGGGACCUCCUCUCUCCGUCCCUCCGUCCGCCCGGUUCCUUCCCUCCGUCUCGGCCCCGGGGGUGGCGGGCAGGGUCGGGGCUCGGGCUGCAUUAGCGCGCCGCCCCCCUCCCUCCGGGUCCCCUCCUCCUCCUCCUCCUCCUCCUCCCCGCGGCCCCUUCAUGGACAGAAACUACCCGAGCGCUGGCUUCGGGGACCCGCUCGGCGCCGGGGCGGGAUGGAGCUACGAGCGGACGGCCAAAGCUAGCUUGGUGUACGGCGGCUCCCGGGCGUCGCACCCUGAGACGGACAUUUUGCACAGACAGGCCUACGCCGCCCCCCACCCGCUUCAAGGUUAUGCUACCAACCACCAUGCCACAGGGCUGUCGGGCUUGUUCGAGACGGGCCUCCACCACGCUGGCUCGGCUGCCCCAGAUGCCUCCGUCAUGAACCUCAUCUCGGCCCUGGAGUCGCGGGCCCCCCAGCCCGGCCCGUCUGCCUCCUCGCUGCUCUCCCAGUUCCGCACUCCCUCCUGGCAGACAGCCAUGCACACCCCGGGCCCCACGGAGCUGUUCAUCUCGGGGGCCCUGCCGGGCUCCGGGACGUUUCCGUCGUCCUCGGCCCUGUCGGCCUACCAGCACCCGGCGGCCUCGUUCGGGGGCCGCAGCUUCCCGGUGCCGUCCUCCCUGGGCCUGCAGGAUGCCCCGUUCAGCCCCCCCGCCAACGGGCUGCUCUCCCCGCACGAGGUCCUCCACCUGAAGCCCUCGCAGCCGGCCAGCGUGCCCUCCUCGCUGGGCUUCGACCGCUUGCUGGGCCCCGCCCAGACCCCGCCCUACCGUCCCGGCCCCCCCGACCCGGCCCCCCGCCACCUCCCCGCCCAGUUCAACCUGCUGUCCUCCUCCCUGGGGGGCGCGGCGGGCGAGCAGGGGGCUCCCCCGCCGCAGCUGUACAACGCCUCGGUCUUCUCGGGCACCGCCGGCCCCCCGCCGCCCCCGCCCGAGCGGGCCCUCCCGCGCCAGGAUAGCGUCAUCAAGCACUACCAGCGGCCGGCCAGCGCCCAGCCCCGCCCCCCGCCCCCGCCGCCGCCGCCCACCCACUCCCUGCAGCACUACCUGAGCUGCGGGGGCAGCUACGCGGGUAUGGGGCACCGGGCCGGCCUGGCCUGCAGCCCCCUGGGAGGGGAGGCCUCGCCGGGGGGCGGCGAGGGUCCCGCGGGCAAGGCCGGGCAGCCGGGGGCGGGCGGGGGCCAGGGCGCCGGGGGCCGGGCGGGCGGUGGGCCGGGGGCCGGGGAAGCGGGGGGCGGGAGCGGGCAGGGCACGGGCGGGGGGCCCGGGGGCCCCGGCUACCGGCCCAUCAUCCAGUCGCCGGGCUACACCACGGCCAAGGCGGCCAAGGGCUACGGGGCCGGGGGCUCCGGGCGGCCCCCGCCCCCGCGCUCGACCGCCACCCCCAAGUGCCAGAGCCUGGGCGGCGCCGGCUACUCGGCCGGGACCCCCAAGCAGGGGCCGGGGGCGGCGGGGGCGGGGGGGGGCGCCGGGCAGGCCUACUCGCCCGGUCAACCCCAGAGCCUCCUGGCCACCCAGGGCUACGGCGUGUCGCCGGGGCCGCCGGGCUUCGGGGCCGGCCAGGCCCAGGACCUGAGCAAGGGCCCCGGCUACUCGGGCGGGGGCCCGCCGGCCCCCCCACCGCCGCCGCCGCCGCCCCCCCCGGGCCUGGCCACCUGCCAGAGCUUCUCGCCCGAGCAACUGCAGAGCCUGCCCUACGCGGUCCAGGGCGACGGCUACGCGGCCUCGGCCCACGCCCAGGGCCUGCCGGCCGCCAGCCCCUCCCUCAGCUACAGCACGGGCCACUCGCCCGCCCUGUCGGGCCACGGCCACUACGGCCACGGCCCCGCGGCCCUGGCCGGGGGGGGCGGGGACUCGAGCCCGUCCCAGAUCAUCCGGCCCCUGCAGUCUCCCCCGGCGGCCGGGGGCCGGCCCCAGCAGGGCGUGGGCAGCCCGGGGGCCUCGGGCAAGUACCUCAGCUCCGUGCUGGCCUCCCCGUCCUUCCUGCCCCCGCCCGGGGGCGGCUACCCGGGCGGCGGCGGCCUGGACCGGGCCGGCGGGGGCGGGGCCGGCGGCUACGGGAAGGGCAAGGGGGAGGCAGAGUCCCUGCUGGGGGCCGGGGCUGGGGCCGGGGCCGGCGGGGGGACGGGCGGGGGCGCGGGGGGCGGCGGGGCCGCCGCCGAGCGCACGGAGGACGAAGACUUCCUGAUCCAGCACCUGCUGCAGGCGCCCAGCCCGCCGCGGGGCGGGCCCGAGGGGCUGGUGAGUGCGAGGAGCGGGGCGGGGGGGGCCGGGGGCGGGCCGCCACCCCCCCAGGCCCCCAAGGGGUUGGUGGCCGGCUACGAGCUGGGCAAGGAGGAGCAACAGCGGUACCACCUGCAGAGCGUCAUCCGCACCAGCGCCAGCCUGGACGAGGCCGGGGGCCUGGAGCUGGGCCUGGCCGGCCUGAAGGAGAAGAAGAAGGGCGGGGCGGGCGAGCGACCCCCGCCGCGCGGCACCCCGGAAGCCCUGGCCACCUCCGUCGUCCACUACGGGGCCAAGGAGCUGAGCGGGCACGGCUACCUGCAGAAGACGCCGCCGCCGCCGCCGCCCGCCUCGGCCGCGGCCGCCCAUCACGGCCUGCUCCUGGAAGGCGCCGGGGACCUGCCCCUGGGCCUGGCCCCGCCGGGCCCGGCCCCUCAGCCCCAGCUGCUGCCCUCGGUGCUGAGCCACGCGCCCAGCCCCCAGCCCCCGCCCCCGCCGCCGCCGCCGGCCCGCAAGGGGCGGCCGCCCGGCCUGGACCUGCAGAUGCAGGCGCUGGAGGCCCACCUGCACGGGGUGGCGGCGGGCGGCCGGCUGCUGGACGAGGCCCCCAGCCCCCGCCUCCGGGCCGACCUGGACCCGGGCCCCGCCAUCCAGGACUUCCUGGACCCCGAGCUGGGCGGGCUGGAGGGCCACCUGGCCCCGGCGGGGGCCGGCCCGGGCCCCGGCGGGCCGCCCCCUUCCCACCUGCUGCCGUCGGACGGGGCCGGGGCCGGCGGGGGCCGCCCCCCGCCGCCGGGGCCCCCCGAGCCCAAGGACCGGUACCGGAGCCCCAGCCCGCAGGGCCCCAAGCCGCCCCGCUUCGUCCCGCUCACCUCCAUCUGCUUCCCGGACGCGCUGCUGCAGGACGAGGAGCGCGGCUUCUUCCCCAGCAUGGAGGACAUGUUCUGCGCCGGCCCCCCCGACGACUACCCCAAGCCCGGCGGGGGCCAGGGCCAGGAGGACGAGGACGAGGACGACGACGACCACGAGCCGCAGCCGCCGCCGCCCCCGGGGUCCAAGGGCCCGGCGGCCGGGCCCGGCUACGGGCUGCAGGGCUACGGGCCCUACUGCGGCGGCCCGGCCGCCGGUCAGACCCCGCCCUCGCCCCCGGGCCUGGGGCUGGAGCCCGGCAAGCCCACCGAGCUGCCCUCCACCGUCAACGCCGAGCCGCUGGGCCUGAUCCAGGCGGGCCGGCAGCCGGCCCCGGUGCCGCCCCCGCCGCCCCCGCCGCCCGAGUCCAAGGGCGGCCUGAGCUCGCCCAUCUUCUGCUCGUCCAAGCCCAAGAAGCUGCUCAAGACGUCCUCCUUCCACCUGCUCCGCCGCCGGGACCCGGCCUUCCAGCCGCCCAAGAAAAUGUACGCGCAGGAGUACGAGUUCGAGGCCGACGAGGACAAGGCCGACGUGCCGGCCGACAUCCGCCUCAACUCCCGCCGCCUGCCGGACCUGCUCCCCGACCUGGUGUCCAGCUGCCGCUCGCGCCCGGCCCUCUCGCCCCUGGGGGACAUCGACUUCUGCCCGCCGGCCCCCGGCCCCGCCGGCCCCCGCCGCCGGGGCCGCAAACCCACCAGGGCCAAGCGGGACGGGCCGCCCCGGCCCCGCGGGAGGCCCCGCACCCGGCCCCUGGCCGAGCCCCCCGGUCCCGCUGGGACCCCCAGGCCGGGCCCCGGGGGCCCCCAGCCGGACGGAGCCAAAAGGCCCCGGGGCCGUGGGCGAGGCCGGGGCAGGAAGGCCGAGGAGGGGGACGGCCUAGAGCUGCUCAAGCCCCUCAAGAUCAAGCUGCCGGUGCCUAAGGCGGGCGAAGGCGCGGCCCCGCUGGGCAUGGGCGAGGUGGCCGGUGUGGCCCCCGGGGAGGGCGGCCUGGACAGCUGCCAGACCCGCGAGAAGAUCAAGCAGAAGAUCAAGGAGGUGGAGGAGCAGCAGCCCGAGGUCAAGUCCGGCUUCAUGGCCUCCUUCCUGGACUUCCUCAAGUCCGGCAAGCGGCAGCAGCUGCCCACGGCGGCGGGGCACCCUCCCAGCCCCCCCAAGGCCUCCCGCCCCGCCGCCCCGGCCCCGGCCCUGCCGCCGCCACCGCCGCCGCCGCCGCCCCCCUUCGGGCUCGGGGGGGCCCUGGAGGCGGCCGAGAGCGAGGGGCUGGUGGGCAUGGGCUGCCCGUCGCCCUGCAAGCGCUUGGACGAGGAGCUGAAGCGGAACCUGGAGACGCUGCCCUCCUUCUCCUCUGACGAGGACGACUGUGUCUCCAAGAACCGAGACCUGCAGGAGAGCAUCUCCUCCGCCAUCUCCGCCCUGGACGACCCCGCCGACCGCCGCGACGGAGACGCACCAGACGUCCCCGUCCUGGAGGAGAAGCCGGCCCCCUCCCCGACCCCCUCCUCCCCGCCGGCCUUGGCCGCCGCUCCGCCGGCCCCCACGGCCGACCCCGUGCCCUCGGCGCCGCCCCCGGCCUCCCCCGAAGCGGAGGAGCCCCCGGACGCCAGGCCCUUGCACCUGGCCAAGAAGCAGGAGACGGCGGCCGUGUGCGGGGAGACGGACGAGGAAGCCGGCGAGAGCGGGGGCGAGGGCAUCUUCCGGGAGCGUGACGAGUUCGUCAUCCGGGCCGAGGACAUCCCCGCCCUCAAGCUGGCGCUGCAGACGGGCCGCGAGCCGCCGCCCAUCUGGCGGGUGCAGAAGGCCCUGCUGCAGAAGUUCACCCCCGAGAUCAAGGACGGCCAGCGCCAGUUCUGUGCCACCAGCAACUACCUAGGCUACUUUGGCGAUGCCAAGAACCGUUACCAGCGCCUUUACGUCAAGUUUCUGGAGAACGUCAACAAGAAAGACUACGUGCGCGUGUGUGCCCGCCGGCCCUGGCACCGCCCGCUGCAGCCUGUCAGGCGCCCCGGACAGCCCAAGGGUCCCGGGGGAGCGGGCGGGGGGGGCACCAAGCCCCCUGCCCCGCCACCCAGGCCCGAGCCUCCCGAGAAGGGGCCGGAGAAGCCCACCCCUCCCGCCGCGGAGCGCCCCGCCCCGGCCCCGGCCCCGGCCCCGGCCGCCGAGAAGGAGCGCGGACCCCGUGGGGAGCGGGGACCCCGAGGGGAGCGGGGAGCGGGCGCCAGGCCCCCCCGGCCCGAGCGGGGGACCCCCCCGGCCCCCGAGCCGGCCCGGCCGCCCCGGCCCCCCAAGGCCCGCCCCCCGAGGGUGAAGGCCGAGCCGCCGCCCAAGAAGCGGAAGAAGUGGCUGAAAGAGGCAGCGGCCGGGGACAGCUCCUCGGACACGGACUCCUCGCCGGGCCCCCCCAGCGAUCACGACCGGAGCGUGCCCGGCCGCCUGCUGAAGACGCGGGCCAUGAGGGAGAUGUACCGCAGCUACGUGGAGAUGCUGGUCAGCACCGCCCUGGACCCGGACAUGAUCCAGGCCUUGGAGGACACGCACGAUGAGCUGUACCUGCCCCCGAUGAGGAAGAUUGACGGGAUCCUCAAUGAGCACAAGAAAAAGGUUCUCAAGAGGCUGUCGCUGAGCCCGGCCCUGCAGGACGCCCUGCACACGUUCCCGCAGCUGCAGGUGGAGGCCGGCGGCGUGGAAGGGGGCGGCCCCGGGGCCGCCGUGCGGCUGCGCCCCGCCGGGGAGCCCUACAACCGCAAGACCCUCAGCAAGGUCAAGAGGAGCGCCACCCGCGCCCAGGAGUUCAAGGUGGAGCUGGACAAGUCAUCCUUCUACACCCUGUAUCACGCCCUGCAUCACUACAAGUACCACACCUUCCUGCACUGCAAGGACCAGACCACGGCCAUCGAAGGCGGGGCGGAGGACCUGGGGCAGGAGGAGGUGGUGCAGCAGUGUAUGCGGAACCAGCCGUGGCUGGAGCGACUCUUCGACGCCUUCAGCGACCUCCUGGCCCAGGCGCAGAGCCGCUGCGCGUGACCCGGGCCCCGGAGCCCCCUCCUCACACCCCGGACCCUGGGCACCCCCCCCCCCGCCACACGCCCGGUCGUGGGGGAUGGGGAGGCCGGGCGCACCGGGCCCCGUCCCGAAUCCGAGGCCGGGAGCCGGCACCGCGCCGCCAGAGACGCCGCCAGGGAGGGCCCGGAGAGCCAAGAGUCCCGGCGACCCCCCACCGCCGCAUCCCCCCAAGUAACUGUACAGAGAAAUUAUUUAUAUAUAUGUAUAAAUGUCUAUUUAGUAACGUGCCCCGGCCCUGCCCCUCCUCCCUCCCCUCCCCCAUGUAUAUACUGUAUAGGAGAAGUCUAUGUGUGAUAAUGGGGGAGGGGGCCUGGAGGUUGAGGGGGGGGGUCCCCGCGGACUUUGACGCCCUCCCCCACCCCCGAGAGGGGACAUUUUCUUCGAGGCCUGUAACCUGCAGCGGGGGCGGGGGUGGGGGCACGGCUCUGUGCGUCUCGUUAAUUAUUUUUAACCUUAUUUAUUGUACAUAACCCAGC